AAUUAGCUGGAAAUUUAAGAAAAAUAACGCCUAUUUGAUGCCAUAUAUGGAUUUCUCUAUAUUAAGAUGCUUCAGAUCCUUUUUUUCGGGUUCAAAAAGGUGCAUUUUAAGCCAUAAAUCUGUAAAAACAUCUCAAGACAUAUCUUUACCGUCUUAUGUGCUCUCUAAAAGGGUGAAACAGAAGCAAAUACCACAAAGAACAGGCCUCUUAGCACGUAAAAGAGGAAUGACGGCGGUAUGGACUCAGGACGGGGAGCGAAUUCCUGUAACAGUGCUCCAAGUGGACCGUCUUCAGGUUAUAGAGAUACGUACGAAGAAGAAUAAUGGGUACAAUGCGGUUCAAGUUGGAAUGGGGUCGAAAAAAGCAAAAAAUAUCUCUAAAGCAAUGCUUGGACAUUUUGCAAAAGCAGGAGUACCACCCAAAUCAAAAAUAGUAGAAUUUAGGACAAAAGAACCAAUUGAAUCAUUAGUUCCGGGUACACAAUUAUAUGUAAAUCAUUUUAAAGAGGGAGCAUUUGUAGAUAUACGGGGUAAAAGUAUUGGAAAGGGAUUUGCAGGUGUUAUGAAAAGGUGGAAUUUUCAUGGUCUUCCAGCAUCACAUGGUGUAUCUAUUUCUCAUAGAUCAGCAGGGUCAAUGGGACAAUCACAAGAUCCUGGAAGAGUGUUACCAGGAAAAAAGAUGGCGGGGAGAAUGGGAGGAAAAAAUGUUACUAUACAAAAUGUUCCUAUUAUUAAAAUAGAUCAUGAAAAUGGAUUAAUUCUUGUUAAAGGAUCGGUUCCAGGGCCUGAUAAAGGAUAUGUUACUAUAAGAGAUGCUAUAAAGAAGACGCCUCCAAAUUUAUGUAAUUAAAAUAAGUAUAAAUUGAAUUGAUUUUAUAAAUAGAUAAGUUUUACA